UAUUUGUUUGCUUUUCUACACUGCUAACCUACACAUUCCAUACGGGGUGGGUCGCGAUUAGUCCUAGCCCAAAGGCUCGCUCAUUUGUUUGUAUACUUUUAGCACCCAGUUUAGUCCAAGAAAUAUUGAGUGUGGCUAAAUGAAAUGAACAGUUCGAAUUGGCCAGGCCAAGCAACCAGACGUGAAAUUGCGGCUACUCCAGAAACAAGCGAAUAAAUAAAUAGAAAUCGAAUAUGGACGAUGAUACAGAUAUCUUUGAUAUUGAUCCCAAGGAAGCGUGGCUGGAAAAAAUUACCAUUGGCGGCUUUCGACGAUGGCACAUCAUAGCCGCAGUCCUGGGCAUAUUAAUGAGUAUUAUGAUCAUGGUCUGUUGCUGCAUUCGAUUCCGCAUACCGCGCACCAAACAGGAAAUCGAAGCCGAUUAUCAACGCAAACAAAUUACCAAAAAGUUUCGCGAGAAAUUGCAACAGAUUAAAAACUCCGAAAUGGAUGAUAUGGAUCUGCAGAAAGCACUUGCUUAUAUCAAAUUGGAGCAAUAUGAUGAUCCCUAGGCCUCUCUAUCUCUCUCUCUGUAAAUUUCUCAUAUGCAACAUUUCACCAAAAGCACAUGAAAACCCUUGGAAUACAUUUAUAAUGCAAUAAUAAUUAUUAUAACAAAGGCACUGCCAAUGUAAGUAGCUCUAACUGCAUAAGUAUUAUGCAUAAGUAUUUAUAAAUAUAUAUAUUUAGAUAUAUAUUCAUUCUCGACCUGUUCACUCUCUAUUGCAGUCUGUGCGCGUAUUCAGAGUGACUAUCUGAACUUGCAGGCCAGUGUGGAGAGCAUGAACGAGAAGCAGAAUGUUAAAUUUAAGAUCUGAUUUG